GAGAAGUUCUUCUCUCUUUGCGUGUUAGGUAAUUGAUAAUAUCUACAUGCAAAUUGCAUGUAAAUUUAAAGAAAAGAAAAUCAAGAAAGAAAAGAAAUAAAAGAUUUUGCUAAUAUUAUUUGAGUCUUUCUCUUUCUCAUUCUCAAUCUACUUUUCUGGUUCCUUCAAAUUUGGACAUGGAAGAAGAAGAAGACCAAAAGCUUAACCUUAAUGUCUUUGUUCAGGAAGCUAAUGAAGCCAAUUCAUCAAAUUUCUCAAACCAAACUCAAACCAGAGACCAUAAUUGGUGGAUUAGAGUCUCUGUCUACUCGGUUUUCGUCCUCUGUGGCGAAUCGGUUGCAACAUUAUUGGGAAGACUUUACUAUGACAGAGGUGGUAAUAGCAAAUGGAUGGCUGCACUAGUCCAAAUUGUAGGCUUCCCAAUACUCCUUCCAUACUAUGCAAUUACAUUACCAAAAAACAACACUAAAACCCCAUCAAAAAACAACAAUAUUGUGUUUUCGAAAUCACCCUUGACUGUUUUAUCAAUUUACAUUUCUCUUGGACUUUUGAAUGGAGCUGUAUGUCUUUUCCACUCCAUUGGCCUUUUCCACCUUCCUGUCUCAACUUACUCUCUAAUUUGUGCAACUCAAUUGUCCUUUAGUGCUUUAUUUUCAUUCUUUCUCAACUCACAAAAAUUCACUCCUUACAUAAUCAACUCUCUUGUACUUUUGACAAUCUCUUCUGUCCUUUUACUAUUCCAAGCCGAUUUUUCAGACCAAUCAUCGAAAGUUUCGGGGAGGAAAUAUCCACUCGGGUUCAUCUUUACCAUCUUGGCGUCUGCAGGGUACGGUUUAGUACUUUCGUUGACACAAUUUUCACUCGAAAAAGUCUUGAAAAGGGAAACAUUUUCAGCCAUAAUGGACAUGACAGUUUACCAAUCACUUGUGGCAACAUUAGCUACUUUGUUGGGACUUUUCAUUAGUGGUGAUUGGAAGGUUUUGAGUAAAGAGAUUGAAGAGUUUGGAUUAGGGAGAAUUUCAUAUGUAAUGACAUUAACAUGGGCAGCUAUUUCAUGGCAACUUUUCAAUAUUGGAGCAAUUGGAUUAAUUCUUGAAGUGUCUUCACUCUUCUCAAAUGUUAUAAGUGUGUUGAGUUUGCCUGUGGUGCCUGUUUUAGCUGUCAUAUUUUUCCAUGACAAAAUUGAUGGUGUUAAAGUCAUAGCACUUGUUUUGGCCAUAUGGGGUUUGAUGUCUUAUGUUUAUCAACACUAUCUUGAGAGUAAGAAAUCAAAGAAUGAGAAAAAUAUUGAUGAUGAUGGAAAAACAACAACUACUUCAAUGGAAGAGAUGAGUAGUAAUAGUGAUCAUGGUGAUGGAUUAGAUGGGGUCUCUUUGGUUCAAUUUGAGACUGGUUUCUUAAAACAAGUGUGAUUUUUAUCACUAAAGGUCAAUGUGUAAUGACUUUGAUAUUGCUCUUAGAAUUUUGUGUACCUCAUAAAAGGAGUUUCAUUUUUGAUACUCUCAACAUAACUAGUACAUAUUAUGGUA